CAGAGACACAGAGACAGGGGAAGGGAGAGGAAGAGAGGGAGCGACACAGCCUGCAUCUCAGAGGAGUGUCCAGACCUGCCCAGGCAUCAUCAUGAGCUUCCUCCUCUUUGGGGUCACAGCUCUGCACAUCCUCAUCCUUGUGCUGCUCUUUGUUGCCACCCUGGACAAGUCAUGGUGGGUGCUACCUGACGAGGAGAGCGUCAACCUCUGGUAUGACUGUCUGUAUAACAACACCACCCAGACCUGGGUCUGCUCCUCUGUGUCUAACAGCGAAUGGCUUGUGGCUGUCCAGGCCCUCAUGGUCCUGGCCCUGCUCUUCUCUAGCUUCUCCUUCAUCCUCUUCAUGUGCCAGCUCUACACCAUGGAGCGGGGAGGGCUCUUUUACGCCACUGGCAUCUUCCAGAUCUUCGCCUGUCUCUCCGUGUUCACGGCUGCCAUGAUCUAUACUGUCCACGUCAGCGAGUUCCACCAGAAACGGGCACCAGGUGGGCGAUUUGGGUACUGCUUCGUGCUGGCUUGGCUCACCUUCCCCCUGUCUCUCAUCAGCAGCAUCAUGUACAUCCACCUCCGGAAGCGGGAGUGACCCACGCCCCUUGCAUGGGAUGCUGGGAGGCUGAAGGAAGUCCUUGAAAUGGGGCAGUCCCUCUCCUUGCUCACCAACAGGACACUGCCAAGCUGGGCUCAUUCCCCCCACCAGCCCUGCCCCACCCCUGGGACAUUGUGGCACCACCAUACCACAGUGUCAGGGCAUUCCCACUGCCCUGCCUGUGUCAGGGGAGUCCUUGUGGGUGGAUUGGGCUAACCCCCAUGCCAGGAUGCUGCCCCUUCACCAAGGUCCAUGGCUGUCACCAGCCUUCACUAUUUGGGUGCCUGGCCCUACCUUGCCACAUGACAUAAGAAGGAAGUGGCACCAGAGACCUGCCACAUGACAGGGAGGAGCCUGCUGAUACUCUACCCAGAAAGCAAUGUAACCAUCUAAUCAAGGAGAGAGGGACUUAAUCAAGCCCCACCCCAUACAACUUGGCCUGUCAAAUAAGGUGUUUCACAUAUGACCACAGCCUGUGGCCUAGCCUGGAAAGGGAAGGGGAGGGGCUUAGCCAAGCUUUACCCCUUUCCUUUUGCUUGUGAUUUGCAAACUGUGGGGACCUAUGCCAGGCCAUGCCCCCUUAUGUCUUUUGAUUUUUGUCCACGAGGACUCCUAGCUGUAGCACCUUCUUAUCCCACAUGGGAGAGGGCUCAUGGGAGGACAACGCCUUUUCUUCCCCUGCAGCUGGGCUUCCGUGUGGUUGGGGGUAACAGGCGGCUCCUUCCAGGUCCUCAUCAAUGUUACGUCCCAGCAUGCUCUGGCCCCAUCCCCACUUCCCCCACCUGAACAUUAUAUUUUAUACAUUUGAAUAAUAAAAGAGCUGAUCUGGUGAUGC